CGCAAGAAGAAAAAAAAAUGGAAAGGAAGAGCUUAGAAGGAAACGAAGCAUAGAUAACUAAGUAUACACUCCGUAUAUAUAUAUAUUUUUCGUUUGACGAUGUUAAGUUCAGUUCGAAUCACGAAGCUCUUAAGAUCAGAAGAUAUUUGUGGUGAAAAUAUUUGUUCAAAAUGACACUUUUAACGCCAUAUUGGAGUUUGGAUAUUUUAAUCGUUUCUUCUUCCUUGAUGAUAACCGCUUAUUUGUUUAUGACUUGGAAACUCAAGUAUUGGUCGAGAAAAGGCGUUAUGCAGAUUACUCCUACGCCCUUCUUUGGCAACUUUAAAAACUGCAUAUUGUUAAAGACAUCAAUUUCAGAAUUUAUACAGGACUUAUACGAAAAAAGCGAAGGAUUGCCUUUCAUGGGUUUUUAUAUUUUCAACAAACCGUUCCUUUUAGUUCGUGAUCUUGAACUCGUGAAACAUAUCUUGGUGAAAGAUUUUAAUACAUUUGCGAAUAAGCACGCGUCAGCGGAUAGUAAGAAUGAUCGUAUUGGAUAUUCAAAUCUGUUCAUAAUGAAGAAUCCCGCAUGGAAAUAUCUUAGAACGAGUCUUACGCCGAUCUUUACUUCGGGCAAGCUAAAAAAAAUGUUCGAAUUAAUGUUGAUAAUCGGUAAAAAUCUGGAGAAACAUUUGGAAUUAUUGAAUUUGGAUGGGAAUGGAAAAGAAAUAGAAUUAAAAGAUCUUACUGCGAGUUUCACUACUGAUUUGAUCGCUACCACCGCGUUUGGAUUAAAUAUGAAUUCAUUGAAGGACCCGAAUACCGAUUUCCGCGUAUAUGGCAGAUGGAUCUUCGAUUACAAUAUUAAGCGUGCCUUAGAUUUCUUUUUAAUAUUCUUCUUCCCUAACUUGACCAAAUAUUUGUCUAUAAAAUUUUUCGGAAAAGCGACCAACUCUCUACGAAAUAUUUUUUGGAGAGUGAUCAACCAACGAAUCGAAUCGAAUAUAAAAAGAAACGAUCUUAUCGAUUGCCUGAUCGAAUUGAAAGAGAAACACAAGAACGACGAAAAUUUCGAAGGUUUCAAAUUCGACGGUGAUGAUUUAGUAUCUCAAGCGGCUAUCUUUUUCACCGGUGGAUUCGAAACAUCCUCCACUACCAUAUCUUUUACAUUGUACGAAUUGGCAUUGAACCAAGACAUACAAAAAACUCUCAGAGCUGAGAUUCAUGAAGCUCUAGCGCAAACCGAUGGAAAAAUUACGUACGAUAUGAUAAUGGAUCUACCGUAUUUAGAUAUGGUAAUAUCGGAAACUCUUCGCAAAUAUCCACCUCUAGGAUUCUUGGAUCGAAUCGCUCUUCAGGAUUACAAAGUACCCAAUUUUGAUCUGACAAUAGAGAAAGAUACUCCUAUCUUCAUUCCUAUGAUAGGUUUUCACCACGAUCCCAAGUACUUUCCAAAUCCAGAAAAAUACGAUCCUCUCAGAUUUUCCGAGAAUGUUAAAAAGUCUAGGCCAAGUUUCGUAUACAUGCCCUUCGGCGAGGGACCUCACAUUUGUAUCGGUAUGCGAUUAGGACUUUUACAAUCAAAGCUUGGAAUUAUCGAAAUAUUGAAAGAUUACGAAGUUUCACCAUGCGAGAAAACAAAAAUCCCGAUGGUUCUGGAUCCCAAAGGACUCACAACUACAGCAUUAGGAGGAUUAUACCUAAAUAUUCGAAAGAUCACGAUCGCGGCUGGUUAAAUUCUUACCAAUUGUAGAAUAUAUUUAACUUUUUACUUGCAAUUAUUGUAAUAUUUUUGAUUAAUUAUUAUUAUUUUUUUAAAUAAUUUUUAUUUUUCAAUGAAUUUUAAAAAAAUAAGCGUAAUAUUAGUUUUAAAAAUUGUAAAGAUCGUCGAUUAUUCAAAUAAAGAUAUUGAAACAUGUGAAA